AUGAUCUUCCAACCCAUUCCAGCUAAGGAUAAAAUUACUUUUACGAAUAGAGAUGGAAAAAAGGAAACUGGCACUAAAAUCAGAUUUAGAAAUGGUUUCUGUUAUGAUGUUUUAACAUCAGUUGAUAUUCAAGAAAUAGUUAAAGCCGGUGGACGAAUUAUCAAAAUCUUAGAUGUUGAGAUAGAAGAAGAAGAAAAAGAAUUUAUUCCUUCAAAGGAUUCUACAAGAUUAACACCUAGUCAUUUGGGAUCAUUCGUAUUAUCUCACAGUAAAAAAAUAAUGAAUAAUUUCAUUCACGUAAUAGAUGGAUUUUAUAAACCGGAAAUUUACUAUACCGAUACUGAUAGUUUAUACAUUUCUUCUAAAAAUUGGGAUAAAUUAAAUAAAGCUGGGUUAGUAUCAGAAACUGAUUAUUGUAAUGGAAAGAAUGAUUACGGUGAUGGUGGAAUUAUAUAUGGUUUAUAUUUAGCACCUAAAGUUAAAUAUAAUAUAAUUUUAACUUCCGAUGGUGUUUUGAAAGAAAAGAAAACGUUUAAAGAUUAUUCUAAUAAGAUUAAGGUGGAUGAUUAUAUUCAAUUAGAUAGUGGACAUGAUGUGAUGAAUGAAUUUAAGAAACCAUGGGGAAAGACUUUCUCUGAUGGAAUAGUUAUUCCAAAUGAUGAAGAUAAACAAAAGAAAGUUUUUAGAAGUUAUUUAAAUCUCGUUAAGAGAAAAGCACUAGAUGAUGAAGGAAUCAGGUAUCCUUACAACGAUGGAAAAGAAUUGAACAUGGAUGAAAACUACGAAUUUGAUGAUUUCGAUUACCGUAUAUUUCCGAAUAUAAUGCGCAUCCAUGUAUAA